AUGCCUGAAGUGUUUCAGCAGAAAUAUCCUAUCACUAGGGUUAUUCUCGACUGCACUGAAUUAUUUAUUGAAAAGCCCUCAUGUUUCCGUGCACAAUCUGAUACUUACUCUACAUAUGAAUCCCACAAUACAGCCAAGGGCCUUGUUGGAAUAGCACCUGAUGGUGCUUUACCUUUUGUUUCUGAUCUGUAUGGAGGCCAUUGCAGUGACAAAAUUAUUGUUAAACAUUGUGGCAUUCUGCAGCUUCUUGAAGAGGGGGAUUCAGUAAUGGCAGAUCGAGGUUUCGAAAUCCAAGAACUAUUAACCCCGAGGAAACCUACUUUGAUAAAUCGAUGUUUUUACAGGCUACUGCAGAAUAACAAAAUCGCUUUUUUACCUGAGGGAUUGUUUGACAACUUGGUUAACCUGAAAUGGCUGCGACUGCAGAAUAACAAUAUCACCUUUUUACCUGAGGGAUUGUUUGACAACUUGGUGAACUCGAAAGGGCUGCGACUGGAGAAUAACAAAAUCACCUUUUUACCUGAGGGAUUGUUUGACAACUUGGUCAACCUGGAAUGGCUGCGAGUGCAGAAUAACAGUAUCACCUUUUUACCUGAGGGAUUGUUUGACAACUUGGUCAACCUGAAACGGCUGUGA